CUGAGUGGAGAAUCGCUCCUCUGAUAAGAGCGAAGACGUGAAAGCAUGGGCGACAGCUACACUUGGUGACCUGCUCUAGAUGAUUAAUGAGAAACUCAAAGAAAUAGAGAAGAAGUCGAAGCUCACAGGUGCGGAGAAGGAGGAAUUCAAUCGGCUUCGUGAGGAGAAUGCUCGUUUGGAGAAGAGCAGCAAAGAGAUUUCCUGUAAUGAGAAGCGCAAGAGAGGAGGGGAGUGCACCCCCGUUGCCAACUUCCCUCGUGCGAGUCGAUUUGAAAUCUCGAUCCAAGGGGAGUAACAAGUCGAAGGCCAAGUUGAAGCGGAUCUCUUCCGACGAUGAAGCUGCCGGAGCCGUGAAACAAAACCUCCAAGCCAAGAUGGAGGGAAGCAGUGAGCUUGCGGACAUCAAGAUGAUGUUAGCAGCUCUGAUGCAGGGCAUCAGCAACGACAAAGGGAAAGCACCUGUCUGUGACCCUGGCUCUGCGAAGGAGGAAGUCACAGAAGAUGCAGAUGAUGUCGAUCUGGUGCAAAAUGCCCCCAAUGUCGAAGAAGAUGAGGAAGAAGAGCGGGGUCUUGCGGCGUAUGUGAAACUUCGACUUGAAUUCUGUAGUUCCCUACAUUACACGCGAGUACAACAACUCUGCAAGGCCAAGAGCAUACACUAUUUUCGUAAGGAUCUUAGCGUGUGGGAGUUGGUUUGCGUUGAUCUCCAAGAAUACAACGAUCUGCUGAAGGUAGACAAUCCUGUGGUUGCUGAAUUGUCCAGGCGGAUCGGCGCCCGUACGAAAGGUAUCGGCGUCAGACAGGCCUUUGAUGGUUUGGUCCUUUCACUGCUUGAUUGUAACAUGAGCGAGACAUGGGUUGAGUGCCCAAAGUCUUACGAGGCUGGCGUGAAGAAGAUGAUUUUGGAUAACGAUAACUAUGAGGUUGUUCUGCAGGAGAAGGACGUUAUUUGGACCGGAAUUUAAGAGUAGUAUCUGAAAACGGGCCUGGAUAGGAUAGCUCAAUGGGACAAUAAAGGCAACCUUCAGCA